AUGUUGAUGUGAGUUACCAUAGUAGUGACCACAUUUAAGUAGACUAAGAUGGCGACUAAAGCAACGUUGUCACCGGGUCCUGUGCGACCAGUAUCUUCCAACCUUAAAGUUAACGACACACCGCCUGUUAGUUUAUCUCCAGAUGCUGCUCCGUUCAUUCCGCUUGCUAAGGAAACAGAACUUGGUUCCGUGUCAGACGCUGGGGUACAGUUUGCCCGGUGUGCCUCUAAGCUCCGCUUGUUACGAUCUGGAGAUCCAGCCAGUCUCAAAACCGAGCUCAACCUGCUCUUUGAUCAACUAAUUUCAGAAAACUACAAUAACAACUUUAGUCCGCACACCUAUAUACGACCUGAGGAUGUUUGCGCUUUGCUCGUUCAUGCCAGUCGUCUAGUGCCACUCAGUCAAGAACAUCUAGUCAUUAAACUCUGCCAACUCAUUCAUCAUCUACUCAACCAGCUUCAGGUGAUAGUGGAUGAGCACACGCUGGAAUUGUUGGUGUGCUAUACCUUGCGUGCCUUAAGUGCCUGCAGCUCUUGGACCCAUUCUGAUGUGCUUUUAGCACUCUCCACUCUGGUGUAUGGGAAUGGACAUAAAUGCCACAAGCACUUGAGUGAGUUACUGGGUGAGACGCGAGUGUUGAUGCUGUACAGCGCCCCCACCCAGCCAGACAUGGAGUUACGGCGUGCUGCUCUAACCUGUAUGGCCAACCUUUGUCUGGGGAUUCCUGGCCAGCCAUCUCUAGAUGAGAAGUACAAGAGUGUGUGCUUCAGAGUGUUCCUGGAGACACUGCAGUCACCCAAAUCCUCCACCAGUGAUGAACUGCUGUAUUGCACGAUUAUCCAGGGGGCAUUGAAGGGCCUCCAGUGUCUUCUCUCUGGGGGGAAGUGGAAGUUCGGACCAGGGGAAGACCUAGGUUCUCUGUUGGCCGCACUCAAGAGGCUCAUGUUCCAUGGGGCCCCGGGUGUGUGUGUGGAGUGGCCGUCCGUGCUGUACCCUGCCACCCUCCCCCAGUAUGAGGCUCAAUCGGCCCCCAAGCCUCCCGAACCGGCACCUGACCCCCCUGCACAGGGCAAGGCCUCUGGGAACAAGAAGAAAAAGAGCCGGGGGAAGGGGAAGAAGACGGAUGAGAAGCGAGGGGAUGACGGAGAGGAGGACGAGCGAGAGAGAGAGCCUGUGCUUUUAAAAGGAGGAGGCGUGAAGGGAGGAGGAGGAGGAGGAGGAGAGGCCUGGUCUAAAGGCCCCGCGGCAUCUCCUUCUCUCUACCCCUCCUGGAAGAAAAGCAGCUCGGACUCUGAGUUCUCGGACCCCGAGGGAGGCGCACAGAACAAGCUGAGGCUGUACCACUGUCGCGUCAGACAGGGGGCGCUGCACUGCCUGCUGGUGGUGGUGAAGGGGGUGGAGAAGAGGACCCUCUAUGGCUACUGGUCCUCCUUCAUACCCGACGCCCCCAUCGGAGGACACCCCCCUCUCACUCUCCUCACCAUCAUACUGAAGGACCCCUCCCCCAAGGUGCGUGCCUGUGCCCUCCAGGUGCUCUCGGCCCUGCUGGACGGCUCCCGCCAGCUGCUGGGGGUGGCGGAGGACACAGCGCCUCCCCGCACGGCGUUCACCCCCUUCUCCUUCUCCCUGGCCACGGCCAUCAGGGAGCUGCACCGCUCCCUGAGCCUGGCCCUGCUGGCCGAGGCCUCCCCGCACACCCUCACACAGGUCAUCAAGAGUCUGGCCCACCUGGUGUCCAACGCCCCCUACAACCGCCUCAGACCCGGCCUACUCAGUCCCCUCUGGAGACAGAUACGCCCCUACAUACGCCACCGAGACGUCAACGUGCGCGUGUCCGUCCUGACCCUGUACGGGGCCCUGCUGUCCGCCCAGGCCCCUCUUCCUGAGGUGCAGCUCCUUCUCAGACAGCCAGGGGGCAGCAGCACCUCCACCACGGGCUCACACACCCCCCAGGACACGGCCCUGAGCUGGAGGCAGAGAGACGGUCCCUCCUCCCCCUCAAACCGCAGCGCCCACACCUCUCCCCCGGCCUCGCGCACCCCUGCAGAGGAGGGAGGGGGGACUGGGCCGCCCUGGCUGCUGCAGCUGUGCCUGUCGCUUGUCACUCAACCCCGAGAGGACCAAUCGGACAGCGAGGCAGCCGGAGGGGGCGGGCCUACCAGUCUCGAGCCCUUCCCCUUACGUCUAGAAGCCUUGCAGGUUCUGGCCCACCUGGUGAGAGGGUACUUCCCUCUGGCCCAGGGGAGUCUGUGUGAGCUGGGCCAGGUGAGCGCUAGCUGCCUCCGAGAGACAGACCCCUCCAUACAGCUGCACGGAGCAAAGUUGCUAGAAGAGUUGGGGACAGGUAUAAUACAGCAGUACAGAGCAGAGAGCAGCGUUCCAGAGACUGCCAGGGUCCCCCUCAGCCAGGUGGUGCAGUUCUGGCUGGAGGUGUUGAGUGGGCCGCUGAACAGGGCUCUCCAGAGUGAGCAGCACCCCACUCUGCAGACCAGCGCCUGUGACACCCUCUCCUCCAUCCUCCCGCAGGCCUUCGCACAGCUGCCCGAUAAGAGCCAAGUGAUGUGCAUCACGGUGUUGCUGGGCCUGACCUACAGUGACAACUCUCUGGUGAAGGCUGCCGCUGUCAGGGCCCUGGGAGUCUACAUCCUGUUCCCCUGUCUGAGAGAGGAUGUGAUGUUUGUGGCAGACACGGCGAAUACAAUCCUGAUGGCGCUGGACGACCGAUCGGCCAACGUCCGCGCCAAGGCAGCCUGGUCGCUAGGCAACCUCACGGACACGCUUAUCGUCAACAUGGAGUGUGUAGGUGAAGACUUCCAGGAGGAGUUGUCUGACAUGCUGCUGCUGAAGAUGUUGAAGUCAGCCGCGCGAGCCUCGGCCGACAAGGACAGGGUGAAGUCCAAUGCUGUGAGAGCGUUGGGGAAUCUGCUCCACUUCCUGCGUUAUGGUCAGCUGACCCGCCCGGUGUUCCAACUGCCCCUAGAGGAGGCCGUCCGAGCACUUGUCCAAACCGUCCAAUCCGAGGCCACCAUGAAAGUCCGAUGGAAUGCCUGCUAUGCCCUGGGGAACGCCUUCCAAAACCCUGCUCUCCCCCUUGACUCCGCCGAAUGGUCCAGCGACGCGUUCUCUGCCCUCUGUUCUGUCGUCUCUUCCUGUAAGAACUUUAAGGUGCGAAUCAAGUCUGCCGCCGCCCUCUCCGUUCCCGCCCAGCGCAGUAGCUACGGCGACGUGGAGCGCUUUGGCCGUGUGUGGAGUGCCCUGGCCAUGGCCCUGGAGAACAGCGAGGACACGCACGACUUCCUGGAAUACCGCUACUGUGCCAGCCUCCGACACACACUCGCCAAAGCCCUUACACACCUACUCUCCCUCAGCCAAUCGCAGGACAUGCCCGCCCUGGGGGCGUCGCUGGCUGGGGAGGAGGGGAAAGGCAUCAGAGAGCACCUGGUUAAGUAUCUUCGAGGAGAGGGAGAAGGAAGCGGAGGACCGGGGAGGGAAGGAGGAAAAGGGGGAGAGAGGGAUGGGGAGGAGGGGGACAGUUCCAACCCCCAGGAGAGGGUCACAGCUCUACAGAAGACACGAGACCGACUGAGGGGGGCAUGUGUGGAGGCAGAGGGAGGGGAAGGCCUGGGAAUGGAUGAGGCGAGGGGGGCCAAGAUGGUGGUGGCGUUCCUGGAGGACGUGCUGCGGAGCUGCGAGGAGCUAGAGGGGUCCCACGGCACUCCCACUGUUGCUCAGUUUACUCCCACUGUUUGACCUCCUAUCUUGCUGUGACACCAGCCUGACCCCACCAGAAUGGAACAGAACUGAGGGAAAAUAGACUACUUAAUGUUACGGUGCCCUAAAAAGAGACUGGAAGAGCAUCGGCCUCCUUGUUAAUUAUUCCUUUCCCAGAGAUCAUAUCUAUACUUAACAAUCAGGGAUUCUUAAUUUUUUUAUAUUGAUGCAUCUACACAACAAUCAACUUUCCGAACCCCCCC